AUGAAACGGGACAAGUUAAAACCUCCAGAGCCGGAGGACCCAAUCUGCUGCUGCGAGUGCGAUCUCUACCAAUAUGGUUGCAGCUGUGACUGUGAGGAUCUGGAUGAAGCUUGCAACAGGUGGCUGAAAGGCAAGCCACAUAAAAAUGGAUCUCAAUCACUUAUGCUAGAGGCUGUGAUUGACAAGCUGGAGAUCUCUAUGCUUCCUGCUCUGGUACUACUGCCCAUCUUACUGCGAGUGGCCGCUCUGCACUUCCUCCUGGGCAUCGUCAUUCUCACAGCUCUGCCGGGCCUGGUGCUUUGGUACUACUACACCACGCAUCAGAGAAAGAGACGCACCCUCUUCUUCCUCACCCUUGCCCUCUACUCCCUGGCCUACAUGUAUUACCUCUUCAUCACUGAGAUCUUACCUCGCGGGGAUGUAAGUCAGCUGCAGGUAUCCACCGUGACCACUGGGAUGAUUCUCACUGUUGUCUCUCUUAUUCACACCAAAAGGGCGCCAGGUUUUGUCAGGACAUCUCUGACGGGUGCUUACAGCCCAGUAACUACCAGUCAGAACCAGGGAGCGAAAGAAAGAUCUUCUAACCCAAAUGGAGAUAGCCACUCAGUGGGGUCUGGCCCAGUGAGAACAGUGGAGACCCGGACAGAGGCCCUGAAUGAGAGGGGAAGCAGGUGUCCUGUGUGCAAAGUGAUACGUCCCCCACGGGCAGGACAUUGCCGAAUAUGUGGAUCCUGUGUCCUGCGUCUGGACCACCACUGUGUCUGGAUAAACAGCUGUGUUGGGCAGGCCAACCAUCGCAGUUUCCUCCUGACCCUCUCCGUCUUCUUGUUGACCUCUUUGUAUGGGAUCAGUCUGGUGCUUCACAGCUUGUGUCCUCGACAGUACGUGAUGACCGCCCUCUUCUACUGUCCUGGGGUCUACAAUCAGUAUAGCACAGCACUUUGCUUCACAUGUGCCUGGUAUAGCAGUAUUGUCACUGGUGGAUUGCUGCACCUGCUGGUGUUGCAAGUGAUCAACAUCAGCCACAACGUGACGGAGCGGGAGGCGCAAGUUGCUCUGCGGAACAAGACCGGCCAGAGUCGUCUGUUUGGACUCAUCAUCGACACCGGACAGUAUUCACAGGGCUUCUACCAGAACUGGCUGGAGUUUCUAACCAUGGGGGACGCCUCGGUGGCAGGGAAGUGGUACCUGAUCGGCUUUGCCACCAAUGCCCAGUGGUUUGUUAACCACAGGUCCAGCAUGAAGAUGGGCACGGCCAUGCUAACACCAACUGCUGAUGGGGACCUGGAUAUGACCUAUGCUAGCCUGAAUGCCGACGGCUCUUGCUGGAGAAUGCAUCAUCUGGCUAAGAAGACAGGUGUCCCAGGGAGGUUCAUUUUCAAGAGCGAGCGUUGGAGUAACGACAACGACAUGCGUGUGGUCGAUGUGAAUUACGCCGAAUACGCUCUGGUCCACACCAUCAAGAAAAAAGGCAGCGUUUCCACCGUUCUCAACAAACUAUACGGCCGCGGCGUGGAGGUCCGCCCUGAGCUUGUGCAGAAGUUCAAGCAGUUCUCCCUGGAUACCGGCGUUCUGGCUGAGAACAUCGCCAUCCUCCCCAGAAACGUCGAGUGUCCUGCUGCCUGAUCUGGUCCCCUCGGCCUCCUACAUCAGCCAAGCAGACUACGGCAGAACAUCUCCAUCCUGAUGUUCAACCCAAACAGGACGAGUUUGUGUCCUCACUUCAUUUCCAUCAAUCAU